AUGAUUGAACACAGAUAUCAGAGGACUACUUUAGACCAUUGUGUAUGUGUGAAAAGAUUUGAUGAUGGUGAAUUCAUCAUACUUCUUCUCUAUGUCGAUGACAUGUUGAUCGUAGGACAAAACAGUGACAAGAUUAGCAAAUUGAAGAAAGAGUUGAGCAAGUCUUUUGCUAUGAAAGACUUAGGACCCGCAAAACGAAUCCUCGGUAUGAGUAUAUCCCGUGAUAGAAAAAAUCGGAAGUUGAGGUUAUUACUAGAAAGUUAUAUCAAGAAAGUACUAAAGCGGUUUAACAUGGAUAAAGCAAAACCAGUUUCUACUCCAUUUCCUAGUCACUUCAAGCUUAGUUCAAAGCAGAGUCCUGCAUGUGAGAAAGAAAAAGAAAACAUGGCUAUGGUGCCAUAUUCCUCAACUGUUGGUAGUAUGAUGUAUGCAAUGAUUUGCACGAGGCCAGACAUAACGCAUGCAAUUGGCGUUGUAAGCAGAUUCCUAUCUAAACCAGGUAAAGAACAUUGGAAUGCUGUGAAGUGGAUUCUCAGAUAUCUCAAGGGUACUUCCAAAAUGAGUUUGUGCUUUGGAGGUGGAAAACCUGCAUUGAUUGGCUACACAGAUGCAGACAUGGCAGGAGAUCUUGAUUCCAGAAAAUCUACUUCAAGAUACCUAAUUACAUUUUUAGGAUGA